CCGAAGACUUAAAAAAGCUUCUCACAUACAAUAACAAUACUAGUUUAACCCAACCUGUAUAUUAUUACUUUAUCACAUGACAGUUCUUUACAAACUAUCAUUGUUAUCAACUAUUUAAAUUACUUUUAGAGUGAACAAUCAUUAAAUUAUUUAAAUUAUCAAUAUUCUUCAGAUAUUUCAAUAAUUUAUUUAAACUAUUGGUUAUAUUAUAAAUAAAUUUAUUUAAAAAAUGGGUUUCCGAUGUAUUGUAACCAGCUGCAGAGCAAGAUAUAAAAAAGAAAGUCCAUUAUCAUUUUAUCAACUCCCAAAGGAUGAAAAAAUGAAGGAACAAUGGUUUUCAAUUCUAGCAAUAAAUAAUUUAAAAUUUUCAUCUAUUUCUCGAAUUUGUUCCCGUCAUUUUACUGAUGAAUCGUUUAUUCCAAGGCAUUUUGGUCGAGGUAGAUCAUUACGAUCCGAUGCUAUACCAACACUGUUUAUAGGUGAUAAUGACAAUAAUGAUAACAAAGUUAUUAAAACAAGAAAAAAAUUUACUUCGCCAAAUAUUAUUUCUGUACGCAGACAACCAAAUAUUGUUCCUGUGGGUAAACAAACAAGCGAAUGUAAUGAGAAUGAAAUACAUUCAGAUAAUCCGUCGCCAGUUAUAAAAUCUGAUGAAUUAUUAGAAAAUGAUUCAAGACACGCAGAUGCAUUAAAUUCUAAUACUGUAAUGAUAUCUGAAAUGAAUUUGAAAAAUUGUGAGAAUUCAACUCGUAGACGCAGAUACUUUGAAGGUGAUUUUAGUAUAGAAGAUAUGGAUUCACCGCAAAAUGCAAGGUUUUAUUUUCAACAAGCUAGAAACCGUAUUUCGGAACUUCAAAAACAAAUCCAAAUAGUGAAGAAAAAAAAUAAGCAGUUAAACGAUAAUCACUUAAAAUUACUCAUGAUAAUAAAAAAAUUAAAUCCAAAUGACAAAAGCCUGAUGGAUGAAAUGUCAGAAUUAAACAAUCCAAAUUUUAUUGCACCGGUUACGGUAAAGUGCGAACAGCUAGAAAAUGACAAUGAAAAGACUGAAAUAUUUAGAUAUGAAGCUUAUAUUCCAGAUGAAGAUAAAUCGACAAUGUCGAUUAAUGAUAAUGAACAAGAAAAUAUGAACAAAAUAUUUAGAUAUGUCGCUACUAACAGUAUCGACACUGACAAAUCAUCUUAUAGUGUUGAGCAAGAGGCUGAAAGUGUAAUUUAUCGAUAUAUUUUUAAUGAGUCAGAUCAUGAUUAUUGUACGUGACAUUUUACGGUAAAUAUCAUCAUGAACUAUAAUUUUAUGACUUUAUCGUAUCAUUUUUUCCACUGUGCAUCAUAUUGGUAAUUGAAUUACCGAACUGAAAAUAAAAAUGGAACUUAUGUGUGAAAAAAUUUUCUAUUUUAAUAAUAACACAUGAUUAAAAUAUAAAUAACACUUUUUGUAAUGCAUUAUUAAUAUACUUAUGAUAAUAAAUUUAUAAAGUUUGGAA